AUGGAGGCUUCCCAAGUUACCUCCACUACCUCCUCUCCCCUUCCCAAGGACUCUUCCCUCGCCUCCGCCGCCUCCCCCUACUUCGAAUCUCUAUUCCGCCGCCGCCAACAAAAGAAGAUGAGCAUCACGCAAACAUACUACCUGGCUCACACCGCCCGCAAGAAGCUCACCCGGGAGGCUUCGCGGGCAGACCACGAUCUCCGCCUGCUGGUUGGUCACGCCAACCUGCUCGACUCGUUGAUGCUGGAUCUGGCCGAUGCAGAGCGUGAGCAAGAACGGUGGUUCAACCAUACUGUUAGCGGUGCCACCAAGACUUCUCCCCGUGAAGAGAAGUCCCGCCACAUCCAAUGGGCAUCGACCGUGGUCGAGGAGCCCGAGGAGGACUGGAAUCCGGAGGAUGCGUCCGACCUGGAGUCGGAUCUCAGUGAUAGCGACGAGGAAGAUGACUCCGACUUUGAUGAGAACGACUUCGUCAUCAACACCCCUGUUCGCCUGCGUUCUCCACCCCCGCCUCAGCAGCACCUCGCCGCUAUCCCCGAGGCUCCCUUGGUGGAAGAUGAGGACGAUACCGACUCGGACUUUGAAUACGAUGAUGAGGAGGACCUGGAGGAGCUCAGCUUGACACGGUCCCCAUCCAGGCAAUCACCGCCCGAGCUGCUGGCUGACUUGGACGACUCGUCCGAGGACGAGCACAUGCCGCCCUCGCCGCCGCAGCCGGCUCUCGAGUCCUUCGAUCAGAAGGAGCCUGCGACCGCAGCCAUCCCGUUGACAGACGAUCAAACAGUCCUGUUUGAAUCGGGGUAUUACGUUUCACGAGAACAGAGCACAAUGAUCGAGGCGUACUAA